AUGCCAUCUUUGCCAAACGAGGGAGAUAACCAAGGAACCACUUCUUUGACUUUGAGUUCAGGCCUAUCCUUCCAAAAUUCAAUAAGGAGAAAAGUCAGAGAGAAGAAAAAACAUGCGGCCAUUACUGCGAAUAUUGCUGGCACAAAAUAUGAAAUUGUCCGGAUAGCAAUAGAAGAAAUGGGAUUUGUGAAGACUCGGGAUGAUGAUGAGACCGCAAACAUUAUCUGGAGUGAUUGUGCUGUGCAGCAAGAAAAAAUUGCAGAUCUCCAGAACUACCAGAGAAUCAACCAUUUUCCUGGAAUGGGGGAAAUCUGUAGGAAGGACUUCUUGGCACGAAACAUGACCAAAAUGAUCAAAUCUCAGCCACAGGAGUAUAGUUUUAUUCCUCGGACGUGGAUUUUUCCAGCAGAGUUUACCCAGUUCCAGAACUAUGUAAAAGAACUAAAAAGAAAGCGCCGAAAUAAAACGUUCAUAGUCAAACCAGCUAAUGGGGCAAUGGGACAUGGGAUCUCCCUUGUCAGAAAUGCAGAAAAACUUCAUUCUCAGGACCACCUCAUAGUUCAAGAAUACCUUGACAAGCCCUUCCUUAUGGAAGGUUACAAAUUUGAUUUAAGGGUGUACAUUCUGGUAACUUCAUGUGAUCCACUUAAAAUAUUUUUAUAUAAUGAUGGAUUAGUGAGAAUGGGCACAGAGAAAUAUCAUCCACCUAAUGAAUCAAAUCUGAGCCAGUUGUAUAUGCAUCUGACCAACUACUCUGUGAAUAAGCAUAAUGAGCAUUUUGAACGGGAUGAAACAGAAGAUAAAGGCAGUAAGCGCUCUAUAAAGUGGUUUACUGAGUUUCUGCAAACAAAUCACCUUGACGUUUCCAAAUUCUGGAAUGAUAUUUCAGAGUUAGUGGUGAAGACACUUAUAGUAGCAGAACCACAUGUUCUUCAUGCUUAUCGCAUGUGUAGACCAGGGCAGUCUCCUGGAAGUGACAGCGUUUGCUUUGAAGUUCUGGGAUUUGAUAUUCUGCUGGACAAGAAACUCAAGCCAUGGCUACUAGAGAUUAAUCGAGCUCCCAGCUUUGGUACUGACCAGAAAAUUGAUUAUGAUGUGAAAAAAGGUGUCCUUUUGAAUGCAUUACAGCUUCUCAACAUCAGGACAAGUGAUAAAAGAAAAAAUUUAGCCAAGCAAAAAGCAGAAGCUCAGAAGAGACUGUACGGCCAAGGGUCAAUGAAAAGGCUGUCCCCUAUAUCUUCUGACUGGGAAAAGCAACGGCGUUCCCUAGAAAGGAGGAGAGAAGAACUGAAAGAGAGACUUGCACAAGUACGCAGGCAGAUCUCCAAAGAAGAGCAUGAAAACAGGCACAUGGGAAACUAUAGGCGUAUUUACCCUCCUGAAGAUAAACUUCUACUUGAAAAAUAUGAAGGUUUGUUAGCCACAGCUUUUCAAAUCUUUCUUGCUGGGAGGGCAGCUUCACUUCAACGGGAAAUAAACAACCCUUUGAAAAGGAUGAAGGAAGAAGACAUAUUGGAUCUUCUGGAACAGUGUGAACUUGAUGAUGAGAAACUAAUGGGAAAAUCUGUCAGAAUACGUGGACCAAAGCCUCUGUAUUCGAUGCCAGAAAGUGCACAAUUCAUGAAAAAGAACAAGAACGACAGCAGUGGCAGUAGCCAUGAAAGCAGCAGUGACAUAUCUGAAUGGGAAGAGGAAGCUGAGAAAGAAGAUGAAAAUGGAAAGAAAGAGAAAAAUGUCUCAUUUGAUCUUGAAGAUAGAAAAUUAAUAGAGCGAUCCAGUAAUCCUAUCAGGCGUUCUGUAAGCUGCCCACGAUCCAUUUCAGCUUUGACUAUGCAAAUACAAGCUGACAAACGCCCUUUCACAGCCAAACCAGCAAUGCUUCUCUCUCGGUCAUCACUUGCGAGUAGAUCACACUCUUUAAAUAGAGGUUCAUCUGCUAUCAAAGUGUCUCACACUGCCAACCAAGGUUCUGUGCAUUCAUCUGGGGUAAGUUACCAGAUAAAUGGAAGUGUUUUUAAAAUGUAGAAAAAGGAACAGGAAGAAUUCUUGACAAAGGAAACUUUAGCCAUUUUCAGUGACAUGAAGAUACGAUACCCAGGGAAAACAAACGAAGAAGCAGAUCUAAUCAUCGAAGAUAUAAUGGAUAACUGGAAAUACCAUAAAUCAAAAGUGGCAUCAUAUUGGUUAAUAAAAUUAGACUCUGUAAAACAGCGAAAGGUUUUAGACAUUGUGAAAGUCAGUAUUCGCUCUGUUCUGAAGCAUAUCUGGAGAGUUUCAGAUGUGGAAUGUUUACAUUUGUACCGACUUUUUAACCGUGUGUUUAAUCGUCUGCUCUGGAGCCAUGGCCAAGGGCUGUGGAACUGUUUCUGUAAUUCAGGGAGCUCUUGGGAGACAAUAUUCAGUAAAAGCACAGAAGCCGUGACUGCCGAUCAGCUCCAGUGUUGCCAACGAAUAGUUGAGCUUUGUAAACAGUGCCUGCUAGUGGUUUACAAAUACUCGUCUGAUGUUAGAGGGUCCAUUUCUGGAAUGAAUUCUGAUUGGGACGACACAAGGUAUUUACUACCAGGACCGUUGCAAUUCAUCAUGAAACCCUCCACCGGUUUUGGGUGUAGCUCAUCUGGGAUGACUCGCUCGGUUUUGUUUACAUCUAAAUAUGAGCACUCGUGAAACUAAAAGGAACGUUAUAUUAAUGGGCAAUUCGCUUUAUUUUUCUCCUCAAAUACAAAUGUGUGAUGGAACUGAACAUAGAUAUUGUUAUAUAUUUAUUACCAUAUAUAAAAUGUAGCUCAGAAAUCUGCUGUAAACACAUAACAUUUCUCAGAAUAUAAUAAACCUUAUUAAACUGUUUACAGAGGUACGUGAAUGUCCACAUUUGCUAGAUGACUAAAUAAAUUUGUACUAAAAGGGAUACUUUUGCUGCAGAGGCGCAGAGGCCACAAUCCUAUACUGGAGAUCUCUCAGCUGAGGGGCUGUCAGACUUUAGUGAAAGCCCUGCUCUCUGGUGAAAUGCCAGUUAUGUUGCAAUAUUAACUCAUGUGCUACUAGAGCUCUCUGCAGGCAGAGGUGUUCUCUCAAUGAAGAUAUCUUUACAGAUAGGGUAGAGCAUAUCAGAGAUGCAAGUUGAAUAGAGAGAACCAAGCUUGGUCACAUCCCACACUACUACCAUCUGUGGCCAUGUUCCCACAGAAGUGGCGGUUUUUCUCUAGCUCCAGAUC